UUUUAGGAAACCUAACACCUUCCAAAUGCCCACGUGAUAGUUCAGUGAAUAUUGAUUGGCUAUUUACUGGUUUCAUAAUCAUGUGAUAGUCAGUUAACAUAGUUACACUGUUUACUGGUAACACAAAAUUAGGCUGCACAUAAGUACAGAGAUCAUAGCACUCUUAGCUGUAUAUCGGAUUUGUUCCUGUUAAGUUAAACACCUUUUUAAAAAAGGUAAACUUUAAAUCAACCACUGUGUUUGUGGAAUAGGUUUCUAUAUUGACAGAGAUACAUUGAGUAUUUUUACUUGCAAAUACAAAUUGCAGUUUGCGUUUUACUAAUACACUACAAAAUGGCAUCAUUUUCUCAGUCUUCUAUUGAGAAGGGUUCUGAUUUAGUUCGUGAAUAUUUAUGUAGUGGUAGUGCCUGCAAAGACAAGAGCACUGUUGCUGAGGUUUACUGUGAAACGUGUGACAAGUUAUUCUGUAAGAAGUGUUGUGGCUUACAUGACCAGUUGUUUACAGGUCAUAAUGUUCUUGGAAAGGAACAUGAAAAUAAAUGGUCUGUAUCCAAAGAGAAAGACAGAACAUCACAGAAAUUGAAAGUGGACUCCAGUAGACCUCAACCAGGUAAUAAGGACCCCUCAAAGAAUCUUGUGUUGAACAAAAGUGCAGCCAUUAAGCAGCGAGUUUCUAAGACUUCUAAAGCAGUAGAAAUGCCUGCCAAGAAACCUUCCCAGGGUCAGGUGACCACCAGGCCAAGCAGGGACGCCUCCACAGCUGGUGCACAAGGGCACGUAUCCAGCGACAAUGUGUCUGGUAGGAGGGCAGGCUUGAAUGAUGACAAGAAAAAAGCAAUGAGAGAAGGCACAUUCAGGACGGAUGCUGAGAAAGACCAGUCAGAAUUAUUUAAAGACGAGCUUCGAAAUCAGGUGAGCAACCUAGAGCGUCGUCUGCAGCAGUUGGAGGUUGAACGGGUUAGGAAUGAGAAAGAGCAAGAGAACCGUCGUCUGGAGGAGCAGCGAGUGCGAAUGCAGCUUGAGUAUGAGGAGGAGAAGAAGAAGAUUAAGGCUAGAGAGGAGGAGUUGAACAACCGAGAACGUCAUCUGCAGCAGUUGGAGAAAGAACGGGUGAGGAAAGAGGAGCGAGAGAAACGUCGUCUAGAAGAGCAGCGAGUGAGUAUGCAGCUCGAGUAUGAAGAGGCACAGAAGAAGAUUAAGGCUAGAGAGGCAGAGGUACUAAAGCGUCAAGCAGACGAAAGGAAGAAGGAAGCAGAACAGAAGCGGCGAGAAGCAGAUGACGAGAAAUUGAGAAAGCAGCAGGAACAGAGCGGAAAAGAAGGGAGCUGGAACAGAGCCUCAAACCAUAUAAUGCAUCCAGUGAGGGGGCAAGCUGGAAUCCAGCAGGCAACCUGCGUUCCAGGGAGUCCACAGAGAAACAAGACUACCAUAAUGAGAAACCUGAGUGGUUAAAACUGCAGUCCACAAGGUCUGUGCAGGGGAAUCCAGACAAGGUAUUCACUGUCCAGUGGAAGUCUACCCACAAUGUGUUCAUACCAAGUGAUUCAGACA